AUGGGCGUAGUGCUGUCCAGAGUGAGUAACAGUUGUAGGAGGCUCUUCCAAGAGCUAGUCAACACUUGUCAAACAGUGAAGAGCAUCAGGGAGGCUAAUAGCACUGAUAGUGACCAGUCGUCGCUUGCGCUUAUUGAGACUAAAGUGUGUAAGCCAGAGGAGGUGCUGAUCCCUGCCCUUCCAGAGAUACCCUUAGUAGAGCGAGGCUACAUCACCCCUCAGCAGGUGUACAACCUGCUGAACGCAGAGGCGGGCCAUCCAGCACUGCACGACCCAUACUACAUCCUCAUCUUGGACUGCCGCAGUGCAGGGAGGUACAAACAGAACCACCUGGUGACAGGGCGGGUAAGUGUGACAGUGAUCCACCCAGAGCUGGGAUGUUUGAUCAGUUGUGUACAACUACAAGAGUUUUCUAUAAUACUGCUCUAUGCUGAGGAGGGAAGCAGCCCAGUUGGGAGUGUGGAGGCCAGAGCAGACUCACCAAGUCUUCAGCGCUGUUUUUUCCAGCUCAGUGAUUUAGGAAUGGACCCUGUCAUCAUGCAAGGAGGCUUUUUGGCCUUCCACGCCCUCUACCCCUUCCUUUGCACUCCACACAUGGUGCUGCUAGAGCACGAACGCCACGCCCUCACCAUCUAUCCCUCGGAGAUCCUGGAGGGGGCUCUCUACCAGGGCUUGCAACCCCAGGCCUCUGACUACCGCAUCAUCAAGAAUUUACACAUCACCCAUGUGGUCAACGCCACUGCUGAUUCCUCAGAUGCUUUCCCCAACGCACUUAACUACUUGAGGCUGCAUCUAAGCGACAAUGCCCAGCAGGACCUGGUGGAAGCCCUGCCACUCGCAGCCAGGUUUAUCAGCGAGGUGUUGAUGGGCGAACCGGCGGGCCGUGUUCUGGUCCACUGUAGCCUGGGCCGGAGUCGCAGCUCUGCGGUAACGCUUGCCUUCCUCAUGGAGCACCGGUGCUGGUCGCUGCUCCAUGCCCUGCGCUGGAUGAAGGCGCGCAGAGCGUGCACGGCACCAAAUGUGAACUUCCUGCGUCAACUACUGACCUACGAAGAGCAGCUAUUUGGAAGCAGACUCACCAACCUGGACGACAUUCGUCUUUGA